CAGCCGAGCGAAGAUGGUGGGCCGGAACAGUGCCAUCGCCACGGGCGUGUGCGGUGCCCUCUUCAUCGGGUACUGCAUCUACUUUGACCGCAAAAGGCGGAGUGACCCCAACUUCAAGAACAGGCUUCGAGAACGAAGAAAGAAACAGAAGCUUGCUAAGGAGAGAGCUGGGCUUUCCAAGUUACCUGACUUAAAAGAUGCUGAAGCUGUUCAGAAAUUCUUCCUUGAAGAGAUACAGCUUGGUGAAGAGUUAUUAGCACAAGGUGAAUACGAAAUGUUCCUGGGUUUUGAUAGUGGUUAUAGUCAUGUCAGAUUUGGGUCUGAUUACUCAAGUAUUCAGCUACUUUCAGGACUUUAA